AUGUUCCUUAUAGCUGGAAAAUGGGAAAAUUCUGCGUACCCGUGGCCACCGACAAGUGAGAACGAUAUCGAGGGCGCUUGCGGCGGCGCGGGCGCAGGCGAGCCUAGCGCGGAUAUACUCAGCCGCCUGCUGUGCGCUGUGCACGGGCGACACGUGACGUCACACGGCGCCCCUAUGACGUCACACGGCGCUCCGGUGACGUCACUCCCCGGGGUCGGCGGGGUCACGCCAGCAGGCACCGACGGGUCCACGCCCCCCUCCACACAUAGACACGACAAUGACCCGCAACUGUCGACAGCAGCGCACACGGACAUGCUGCUGCUCAACCUCAUGCGCAUGAACGGACUCACGCCGAAACAUUCCAAACACAGUCCAAAACGCAGCUGGUCCCUGAGCCGGCAGCAGGCGUGCGAGGAGGGCCGCGCGCGGCCCGCGGGCUCGGCGCCGCGCCGCGCGCUGCCCGCGCCCCCGCGCCCGCGCCGCGCGCCCCGCCCCGCGCUGCUGUCGCCGGGGCAGCUGGCCGGCAGGCCCGCCUGCCCCAUACGUAACAUGCCACAUGUCGGGCCGCGAACACCAAUAGAGAACAUGGGGCCAGUGGGGCCGCGCACGCCGCCGGGCACCCCGGAGCGGCUGACGCUGUCGCCGCUGUCCACGGCGUCGCUGCUGGACGCGCCCCUCGACCCCGACCGCUACCCCGUGCUCGCCGACGGGCUCAGCGACAACGAAGAGGACACGCUGUUCGACAUGCUGCUGAACAGCCUGUCGCUGGAGAGCCCGGGCGCGGCGGAGGCGCCGGAGCGCGCGCGGCCCGCCACGCCGCCCGUGCAGCCGUGGUCGCCGCCCUCCACGCACGGCCCGCACGGCCCGCACAAGGACGCGCCCGACCUCGACUGACCUCGACCUCGACCACUACUCUCCCGUCGCGAGUACCACCAUUGACAAGCCGCCCCACCCGACGGUAUGCUCGACAAAAUAGUCGACCGCUUCACCGCCUGGUCCAACACAUUCAGAAACACUAUCGUGAAGGUGUACAAAGCGGCGGCCUGUCGCAAAUCCGACGACCGUCACCCGCUAGAAGUGUACGUCUGAGGCUCUUAGUUUAAUUAUCCCCUAGUCAUUCAGUUUGGGUACUCCGGUCGGGUUUACAAAAUUUACCGCUUCAUUCGCAAUGUGACAGGACGGCCUAUGGGCGCGAUGUACUUUUUAGGUUAGUAAGACGUUUUCCUCGUACGGUUUUGGAUUUGUAGUUGUAAAGAAACAGAGACACAUCGGAAAAAAUAUUCUGGAAAUAAAAACCGAUUGAAUUGUAAACAAACGGGAGAUAACUUGUCUCUGCUUUCUAAAUCAGCUCCCAAAACCUGAUGGCCUAUCUGAAGCGGAGGUCAGUAAAUUAGAUCUAAAGGGUAAUGUUAUAAACCGAGUACUGAACGGCGCAGGCGUUUGAUUGCGUUUGAUUCGAUUCACGCAAUACUAUGACAUGAAAAAGUAGAAAAUAAUUCUAAUUACCUGUAUUUCGCUGGUCAGAUCUCAAGUUCCGUAUACCUUUUCAAACUUAUAGCAAAGUAUAAGACUGAAAAAUGGUUAACGUCUUGAUAAUUAAAGGCAACGGUCGCCAGAACAAAUAUAUUGGUGACAUAACUCUGUAGCCCUCUUGAUGCCAAAAACUUUUGAAGUCACAAAAGUACAAUUUUGCUUUGAACAGCACACA